CAGACAUGAGAUAUGCAGAUGAUCUUAAAAAGAUCUCGCUUUUUUGAUGAGAUAAUAAUGGUACGAGAAUUGUCUCUUUCUGAUUCAUCGCAAGAACGGCUCUGAUAGCGCUUUGGUGCAGCGAGCAGCGUGGGAAUAUCACAGACAACCCACUCGUGCCUCUACCUCAUCACACCGUUGAUCACCAUCACAAACACAACAACAUACGUACCAUACCAGAUCCAACCGCAAGCACAGCACCGCACCGAACCCACGACAACACAAUGAUCCAACCCUAAUUUCACCGUCUCUUACCUCCAAGGUCCAUCUGGUUAGAUCAGUGGUUCACUGAGAAAUUGGUUGUUGCAGGUGAAGGUUCCCUUGGAAUCCAUGGCUGUUUCGUAUGUUCACAUGGUUCAACCUGGCAGGGGUUUCCACAAGGGUAACCUUUCAUAUGCCAAUUUCAGUUACAAGGGGAGGAGGACCAACUGUUUAGUUUUUGCUUCUGUGCACACGUCAGACCCUAAGGUUGAUUCGUUACUGGACAGUGUAAAAUGGGAUGACAAAGGCUUAGCUGUGGCAAUAGCUCAGAAUGUUGACACAGGGGCCAUAUUAAUGCAAGGUUUUGCAAACAGAGAAGCUGUUGCCACAACCCUAUCUUCUCGAAGGGCCACUUUCUAUAGCCGAUCAAGAUCGACAUUGUGGACCAAAGGAGAGACCUCUAAUAAUUUUAUCAAUGUUCAUGAUGUAUUUCUUGAUUGUGAUCGUGAUUCUAUAAUAUACCUGGGGAAACCUGAUGGGCCUACCUGUCACACAGGGGCAGAAACAUGUUAUUAUACAUCAGUCUUUGACUUGUUAAAACAGAAAGAGGAUGAAGGAGAUAAUUUGGCAUUAACCUCAUUGUAUGCAUUAGAGUCAACAAUCUCACAACGGAAAACAGAGUUAACUGGAGAAAAUGAGAAGCCUUCAUGGACAAAGCGACUAUUGCUUAACGAUAAGUUGCUGUGCUCUAAAAUAAGGGAAGAGGCAAAUGAGUUGUGUCAAACACUAGAGAAUAAUGAGGACAAGUCACGUACUGCUUCAGAGAUGGCUGAUGUACUAUAUCAUUCCAUGGUUUUGCUGGCAAAGAAAGAUGUCAAAAUAGAAGAUGUUUUGCAGGUUCUUCGGCUGAGAUUUUCCCAAUCUGGUAUUGAAGAGAAGAGAGGCCGUUUAUCCCAGAAACCAUUGGAUCAUUAAAUUUUCUGUCAAGUCUAUAUCUCAAACAAUAUAUUUAGCUUUUGUUGACAUACCUGGAUUAACUGUAUGUGUUAUUAUCCGUGUGACUAUACUGAAUUGAGGUAACUUAUUUAAAUAGCGUAGAGAAUGUCAAGAACACUAUGUAACUGCUAUCCACCCAUUUUUGCAGAUAUCAGUUUACACUGUUUUUGAGGUAUAGAUAAUUAUAUUGCUUGGAUGCUUAUUUCUACCAAA